AUGUUGAGCACAGUCGUAGCCGAUGACUCUCAAGAGUGGGAAUUCGAAAAUUGGGACGAUUACGCGCAUGAUUCCUUAGCUCCAAAGUCCAGAUGGUUGCGUGCCUGGGGUGUGCCCGAAAAACACGGCUGGAGCUGGCCUCAGCAUAUCACAUCAAAGACAAGCAACUAUGCUGUUGUCUCGGAUCCCGCAGAUUCUGAUGGCUCAAAAGUCCUUCGAGUAACAUACCCAAAGGGCUCAAGAAACCCUCAGUAUUUUCCUCAGGGCGGUAUUGGAUUCUAUGCUCAACCGAUUGAGAUUGACGACACUGUACAGACAGUUAUACUGGAAUACCAGGUCUAUUUCUCAAAAAAGUUUAACUUUAUGAAAGGCGGAAAGCUUCCUGGCAUAUUUGGUGGAAGUGGACAAUGCUCUGGUGGAACCAAUUCAAGAACAUGCUUUUCUACAAGAUUUAUGUGGCGUAGAGGUGGUGCUGGAGAAGUGUACUCUUACAUUCCCGAAUCAAAGCAAAGACCCGGUCUUUGUGAAGAAGAGGGCAAUAUCUGUGACCCUCACUAUGGGUAUAGUCUUGGACGUGGCAACUGGAGAUUCAAGACUGGAGUCUGGACUACCGUACGCCAAAGUAUUACACUCAAUACACCAGGAGAAUUGGAUGGCCACAUCAAUGUCGAUGUCAACGGAGAAAGAGUCUACAGUGAAGAAAGAAUGGCCUUUCGUGAGAGUCGUACUGGCCAGAAUAUGGGAAUUGUAUUUCAAUCAUUCUUUGGUGGAUCAGAUGAAUCUUGGGAAUCUCCAAAGAAACAACACACAUACUACAAGGGGUUCAUUUUCGAAACCUCAACAUAG